UAUAAAAACCACCGCUCUCCGAGCUGAUCCAUCCAAUCUGGCAGCUGCCACCUCACAAGCUUCUACUGUCUCAGAGGACUCUUCUGUUUCACUGUACCUGUCACCAUGGCCCACCGAUUUCCAGCCCUCACCCCAGAGCAGAAGAAGGAGCUCUCAGACAUUGCCCAGCGUAUUGUUGCCAAUGGGAAGGGCAUCCUGGCUGCGGAUGAAUCUGUAGGCACCAUGGGAAACCGCCUACAGAGGAUAAAGGUGGAAAACACCGAAGAGAACCGCAGGCAGUUCCGAGAAAUCCUCUUUUCUGUUGACAAUUCCAUCAACCAGAGCAUCGGAGGAGUGAUCCUUUUCCACGAGACCCUCUACCAGAAGGACAGCCAGGGCAAGCUGUUCAGAAACAUCCUCAAGGAGAAGGGGAUUGUGGUGGGCAUCAAGCUGGACCAAGGAGGUGCUCCCCUGGCAGGAACAAACAAAGAAACCACCAUUCAAGGGCUUGACGGCCUCUCUGAACGCUGUGCUCAGUACAAGAAAGAUGGUGUCGACUUUGGGAAGUGGCGUGCUGUGCUGAGGAUUGCUGACCAGUGUCCAUCCAGCCUUGCUAUCCAAGAGAAUGCCAAUGCUCUGGCUCGCUAUGCCAGCAUCUGCCAGCAGAACGGGCUGGUACCCAUUGUUGAGCCAGAAGUGAUCCCCGAUGGAGACCAUGACUUGGAACACUGCCAGUAUGUCUCUGAGAAGGUCCUGGCUGCUGUCUACAAGGCCCUCAAUGAUCAUCAUGUUUACCUAGAGGGCACCCUGCUAAAACCAAACAUGGUGACUGCUGGCCAUGCCUGCACCAAGAAGUAUACACCAGAGCAAGUGGCCCUGGCCACCGUCACCGCUCUCCACCGCACUGUUCCUGCAGCUGUUCCUGGUAUCUGCUUUUUGUCUGGCGGCAUGAGUGAGGAGGAUGCUACACUCAACCUGAAUGCUAUCAACCGUUGCCCUCUGCCAAAGCCCUGGAAACUAAGUUUCUCAUAUGGAAGAGCCCUGCAGGCUAGUGCACUGGCCGCCUGGGGUGGCAAGGCUGAAAACAAGAAGGCAACCCAGGAAGCUUUCAUGAAGCGGGCCCUGGCCAACUGCCAGGCAGCCCAAGGACAGUACGUUCACACGGGCUCUUCCGGUGCUGCUGCCACCCAGUCACUCUUCACCGCCGCCUACACCUACUAGAUCCUCUCACCCACCAGCCAGGCCCCAGUUCUCCUAAGUAUUAGGUUGGAGAGCUGAAAGGCUUCAGUCAACCCUGGGGACUAGAUAAAAUUUGAUUGAACUGCUUAAAACACAAUAGAUGUGAAUCACAGACAUAGGCGAAAAGCUCAAUCAGCUGUUGAAACACGAGUGUGAGCAUGCCACACUAGAGUCUCUGAAUACCUCCAGUCCUGGUGUUCCAGAACACACACCCAAGAAAGAACAGGCAUUCAAGAAAAGCCAGUCUUCCAAAUGAUGAGGAAAGCUCCUCAGAGCUUAGGGGGUGGAGAAGGGCAUUUUAAUAAACAUACUUACUCAGGGUUGCUUAUGAAGGAUGCACAGCAACAGAAAAAGAAAUAAAGCGUGUAUAAACCUUCA